CAGAAGGAGAGUGGGAAGGCAGGCGGGCAGCCGGGGGUCCGGAGGCGAGGGCACAGCCAGUCCCUGCAUGAGUGGGUGUGGAUUCUGGCUCCAGGGUGCUCGCCUCCAGAAGCAUGGCGUCUUCACUGUAGCCCUGGAAGAUAGAUCAUCUUGAAGGAGGAGGCCUCACAAACCAGAGGCAGGUUAAUAGGGAGGUCUUGGGGGUCCACCACUUCCCCAGCCCAGGAAGGCCCCCAGUUGGACCUUGCCCCAGCUCUGAGUCUACUGAGGCAGGCAGAGCUGCAGACAGCCAGAGGAGGCCCGGAGGGGAGCAGAGAUCAGCAUUCGCACAGGUGGCCAAUCCUGUGCCACCCCGGCACCAGCUUCCCUGCACCGCUAAGGAGAGGCAGCACCAUGCUGGGCCCCCACCUCCCACCCCCACCCCUUGGGUGCAGUGAAGACAGGCCUACUCCCUGCACCUUCCAGAUCCCUGAUGGGAGCUACCGGUGUCUGGCCUUGGAGGCAGAGGAGAGCGGAGGAGAGGAGAGCCUCACAGACUUGGAGGAAGAAGGGGCGGUCAGCAGGCAGGGGCACAACUCCACCUGUGGAGCCACCCAAGAGGCACCAGAGCUGCCCAGAGCCCUGGGCAUUCAGCCACUCAGCCACUCCAAGGAGGCCCGAGUGGGGCCCCAGCAUGAAAAUGGGACCAGCCAGGACUGGGACAUGGUGAAGGCCCGGCAAGUGACGACGGCCAUCUGCAGCCCCACUGCUGGACCCAGAGGUGCCCAGAAACCAGCACUGGGCCGGAGCACUAGCCUCACUGAGAAGGAUCUGAAAGAGGCCAAGGCACGGAGCCAGCAGAUCGCAGCCCAGCUGACCACCCCUCCCAGCCCCAACUCCCGUGGUGUCCAGCUCUUCAACAGGCGCCGGCAGAGAGUGAAUGAGUUUACCUUGGAGAGCCACGACCGGAGGGGACAGAAGCCACGCCAGGAGUCCCUUAGAGUGCCCCCUGCCAGCCCCACAGGCCACACUCCAGGACUCAGCCUGAGCCCCCCCUCGCUUCCUGAGCCAGGCCUUUCAAGGAACCUGAACUGCCAGAGCCCUGACAUCGUGGCCCCUGGUCACAGCAUGGAGGAGCCCUCGGAGAAAACUGACUUGCUGCGGCACCUGGAGGAGGCUAGUGAGGAAGAAGAGGUACCACUGGUGGUGUACCUAAAGGAGAAUGCAGCUCUCCUCACAGCCAAUGGGCUGCACCUGUCCCAGAACCGAGAAGCCCAGCAGACACCACCGUCACCAGCGGCUGAGGUCCAUAGCCCAGCUGCAGAUGUCAACCAAAACCUUUCAUCACCCAGUGCCACAUGCAUCACACCAGCUUCUAACAGCAGCCACAAUCUGCCAGCCACAGAUGUCAAUCAGAACCCACCGGCAGCUCUCACCCCCCAGAGCCUGCCGCUUUCCAGCAUCCAACAGAAUUCUUCAGAGGCACAGCACCCACCAAAUGGCACAGUGCCAGAUUCCAAACCCAGCACCCUGUGUGCUGGCGGGCAACCCCAGGAGCUAGCUGCAGAGGCGAGAUCCAGCACGCUCCUGAUUGAUAAGGUAUCAACUCCACCUACCACCACCAGCACCUUCUCCAGAGAAGCUACUCCCAUCUCCAGCUCCAGGCCCCCUGCCCCAGAUCUCAUGUCCAGCUCCCUGCUCAUCGAUGUCCAGCCUGGAGCCCCUGUAGUGUCAGAAGAACAAGAGACAUCUGGGUGGGCAGCCACCACCACACCUACCAAGCUGUACAGCGAGGUCCACCUCACACUGGCCAAGCCCCCACCAGUGGUCAAUAGGACGGCGAGGCCCUUUGGGACCCAGGCACCAGGGAGCACCAGCCAGAUGGAACGGAGCCCUAUGGUAGAAAGACGGCAUCUCGGGGAGAAGGCUCGAGCUUCGCAGUCCCCCAGCAUGGCAGACAGGAGUCCUCAGCCACAGCGACACAUAAUGUCCCACAGCCCCAUGGUGGAGAGGAGGCCUGUGGCACAGCGAAGCCCUGCCUUGGAGAGACGCCCCUUGGGGAACUUCACCCCGCCCCCCACCUAUGCUGAGACCUUGUCCACGGGACCCCUAGCUUCCCGGGUUAGGUCUCCCCCAUCUUACUCUGCCCUGUACCCCAGCUGUGACCCCAAGCCAUCUCAUCUGAAGGGCCAGGCAGUUUCUGCCAGCAAGACGGGCAUUUUAGAGGAGUCGAUGGCCCGCAGGGGCAGCAGGAAAUCUAUGUUCACCUUUGUGGAGAAGCCCAAGGUGACCCCAAAUCCAGACCUGCUAGAUCUAGUGCAGACGGCUGAUGAGAAGCGGAGACAGAGGGACCACGGGGAGGCAGGUGUGGAUGAGGAGCCCUUCGCUCUGGGGGCUGAGGCCUCCAACUUCCAGCAGGAGCCAGCACCCAGGGGCAGGGCCAGCCCCGUGGUGGCCGAAGAGAUUCUCCCCGAGUGGGCCUCAUGCCUCAAGUCACCACGUAUCCAGGCCAAGCCAAAGCCCAAGCCCAAUCAGAACCUCUCCGAAGCCUCUGGAAAGGGGGCUGAGCUCUAUGCCCGCCGCCAGUCCCGGAUGGAGAAGUACGUCAUUGAGUCUUCAGGCCACACCGAACUGGCCCGCUGCCCUUCACCCACUAUGUCCCUGCCUUCAUCUUGGAAAUACUCCACAAAUGUCCCUGGAGGCUUCCGAGUGGCAUCCCGAAGCCCAGCUCGGACCCCACCUGCCUCCCUCUACCAUGGCUACCUGCCUGAGAAUGGGGUCCUGCGCCCAGAGCCCACCAAGCAGCAGCCAUACCAGCUGCGACCCUCGCUCUUUGUCCUCUCACCCAUAAAGGAACCUGCCAAGGCCUCUCCAAGAGCCGCCUCACCUGCCAAGCCGAGCUCCCUGGACCUGGUCCCCAGCCUGCCCAAGGCGGCCCUCCCGCCAUCUCCGGCCCUGCCUCGGCCCUCCCGCUCCUCUCGGGGCCUCUAUACAUGUCCUGGCCAGGAUGGCCUACAGCCCAGUGCCGUGAGCCCUCCCUACCGCAGCGAUGUCUCUCCCGUAUCUCCCUCCAGGGCAUGGUCUCCCAGAGCCAAGCAGGCUCCCAGGCCCUCCUUCUCUACCCGGAAUGCUGGGAUCGAGGCCCAGGACCGCCGGGAGAGCCUGCCCACCUCCCCGCCCUGGACGCCGGGUGCGUCCCGGCCCACCAGCAGCCAGGACGGCUGGGUGAGCCCGGGGCCGUGGGAGCCGGGCCGCGGGAGCAGCAUGAGCAGCCCCCCGCCGCUGCCGCCGCCGCCGCCGCCGCCGCCGCCCAUGUCUCCUUCGUGGAGCGAACGUUCGGUAUCCCCGCUGAGGCCUGAGACCGAGGCGAGGCCCCCCAGCCGCCAGCUGCAGGCGCUCCUGGCGCGAAACAUCAUCAACGCGGCCCGGCGCAAGGGCGCCUCCCCGCGGCCUGCGGGUGCCGAGAGCCUGCGGCCCUUCUCCCCGCCGACCGCGGCCCCUCCGCCGCCGCCGCCACCGCGCAUGCGCUCGCCGCUGCCCGCCCACCCCGGCCCGGCCGCGGUUCCCGGGGCCUCGUUUGCCCCGAUCCCGCGGAGCCCGCUGCCGGCCGGGCCCUCGCCUUGCGCCAGCCCACGGAGCCCGCUGCCUGCGCCGCCCCGGCCCUUCCCCUCCCGCCGCUCGCCCACAGACUCCGACGUGUCCCUUGACUCCGAGGACUCCGGGGCUAAGUCGCCCGGCAUCCUUGGGUACAACAUCUGUCCCCGCGGGUGGAACGGCAGCCUGAGGCUCAAGCGUGGCAGCCUCCCCGCCGAGGCCUCCUGCACCUAAAGCCUCUCCCGCCCGUAUUCCGUCCCCACCCCUGGAGGGCAGAGCCGGAAGAGGAGUCAGCGGGCUCGGGAGACCCCAGCACCAGGCCCCCAAAAGGGUCUGGCUUCUUUGGACAGCCCCAGGGAUAAAGGGUCAGAGGAGGGGCGUCUGGGCCUGCGGUGGGUUCUAGCCCUUACUCUAUCAUUCAGCUGCUGUGUGACUCUGAGCAAGACCCCUCCUCUGCCUGACCCUGUUUCCUGUCUGUUUAAUGGGGCUUUGGCCAAGGAGAUCUCCAGACAUUUAAUUCCUCCUCCCAUCAACACACACACACACACACACACACACACACACACACACACACACACACACACACACAC